AUGUUUGUGGUGUUACUUCUGCUGAGUUUUGCCUUUGCACAGAUAGAGCCACCAGCAGGUGGAGUUGGUAUCAACAACAACAACAACAACAAUAAUAAUAAUGGUACUGAUCUUUCCAGUUCCAAUAUAAUCCCAAGUUCAGACCCUUACUCAUUUACACCGGAUGAAUCUACUCAACUCCAGGUGCCGUCCUCCACUUCAUCGGUGGUACCUGUGGAACCUUCGUCAUUCACAAAUUCCUUCAGCACUCUCAUAUCACAAAGCCCAAGUACAUUCUCAAGCACAUUUUCAAGCACAUUUUCAUCCAUUAUUCCAUCAAGUUUUUCUUCAUUACCAUCAUCAUCAAGAAGUUCACAAUAUACUCCUUCAUCUACAAUUUCGAGUAUAUCGUCCUCAUCAUCUCUAUCCAGUUCGUCAUCUUACUUUUCCAGUUCCAUUUCAGUUAGAAGCUCAUAUUCAUCAAGCUCUAGAAGUUCAAGCAGCAUAAUAUCGUCAUCCUCUAGAUCAACAAUUGCUCCAAGCAGUUCCAGCUCGUCGUUUUUUUCAAGUGCGAUUACUUCAUCUAGCUCCUCGGUCUAUUCAAGUUUCUCAUCCUUUUCCUCCAGUUAUUCGUCUAGCUCAUCCUCCAUUAGCCCAUCCUCUACAUUGUCAACUUUCAGCUCUAGUAGUUCUAUACUACCUUCAAGUACCACAUCUUCCUCAACAACAUCGAUUUCAUCAUCAAUUAGCUCUACGACUAUUACUACUUCAUCCACCCCAAGCUCAUCAAGUUCAAUAAAUACAUCAAAUGUUAUUAUCACGAGUGUAAUUGAAGGCAAAACUAUUCUGUCAAAUUCAUAUACAACCAUCACUUAUUCACCCGAAUCGACUGCGCAUAAGUCGCCGCAAAAUAAGAGUGGAAACCAUGGGUUGUCUAGCAAAAACAAAAAAAUUGUGAUUGGCUGUGUGGUAGGUAUCGGUGUUCCGUUGCUCAUUGCCAUUUUAGUGUUACUCUAUAUUUUCUGCAUCAUGCCCACUAGAACUGACUUUAUCGAUUCUGACGGUAAAGUGAUUACCGCAUACAAAAGGAAUAUUUUUGUUACCAUAUGGUACUCAUUACUAGGAAAGAAUCUUGAUGAUGCUAGGAACUUUAGUUCAGAAUCACCAAUGGGUAGUGACGAUAACUCAUCCGAUUUUAUCAUUACAAAUGACAAAGAUGUUGCCAAUACCUAUGAGGUACCAGAUAUCGAUACCACUCAAGCUUCCGCUAAUGAAGAGGAUGAUUUAAUCAAUAACAUACGAGGCAGAAAUUUCAAAGCACAUCGACAUUCGACAAGUUUGACAAGUAAUAUCUAUACGGAAUCAUCUGUUGAUGAAUUCACAACACCGUCACAGGGAAGACAAUAUGACCAUCUUUCGAUUGUCAAUAGCAUAGCUUCUGAAAAUAUCAUCCCAGAAGAUUUUGAUGAUGGGUACUACCAUCGUGGUGGCAAUUUGAAUGUUACUAACUACUGA